AUGGCGCUCUAUAAGCGAAAAUUGAUCAUUCAGGACGACGCCGUCAAGGCUGCUGUGCACUUAACCUUUCGACAGUCUGUUUCCCCCAGUGCAUUGAUGACUAUUUUGUUCUUCCUGUGGGGAUUCGGCUACGGUCUUCUGGACACUUUGAACUCCCACUUCCAGCCGACUCUGCGUAUCGACCAACCUUUCCUCGUUGUAUUGAGUCAGAUCUGCUAUGUUGGAGCACGCGCAGCCGUCGCCAGGUAUUUCAUCAAUUCUACGAGGAAGCUGGCAGAAGCUCCGCUGCAAGCUAACUCUCAAGCCUCAUUAUAUGCUGACGUUAGUUUUGUUCCUUGCAUUAUCUUCUGUAUUGUUGCUAUUGUUACAAUGGGAACAGCAUCUGUCGCCGCAAUGAUCGUCCUGGUUUUGUGCGCCAAAUCGCUUCGCGACCAUUCUCACCUUGCUCUGCGUGGCCUCGGCUGUCAUGGGAGCAGUCGUGGUAUGUUCAAUCUCCAGAGGGCCCGGGGAUUUGGAUGA